AUGCGCAUGACAGUCACCUGCGCGGGGUCAUUUAGAGCCAGCUGGGUGGGAUUCCCCUCUCCUGCCCCGCUGCGCCUUUUUAAGGCGAAUUUGGCGGUUUGGGUUCUUUUGGUGGUGGACUUUGUCUCGUCAGACCUGGAGGACGUUGCACAGAAGUGUUCCUUGUCUUACAAGGCCCUGGUUGCUGUGCGGCGUGUGCUCCUGGCCCAGUUCUCGGCGUUCCCCGCCAACGGAGCAGAUCUCUAUGAGGAGCUCAAGAGCUCCACAGCCAUCCUGUCCACAGGGAUCCCCAGCUUGGACAAACUGCUGGACUCUGGGCUGUACACAGGGGAAGUGAUGGAGAUCAUGGGAGCACCUGGCAGUGGGAAGACACAGGUGUGCCUCAGCAUUGCAGCCAGCGCGUGUCUCGGCCUCAAGCAACACGUCCUGUUUCUUGACUCCACGGGGGGAUUCACAGCCUCCCGCCUCCACCAGAUGCUUCAAGCUGAGACAGAGGAUGAGGAAGAACAGCUGGAAGCUCUGCAGAGGGUUCAGGUGGCCCGAGUGUUCAACAUCUACGAAAUGCUGGGAGCCUUGCAGGAGCUUCGGGACAGCCUUUCCCAGCAGGUUAUGAGCUGCACGGGGCCUCUCAAGGUGGUGCUGAUUGACUCGGUUUCAGCUGUGAUUUACCCGCUGCUGGGAGGCAAGCAGUCAGAGGGCUUGGCCCUCAUGAUGCAGCUGGCCAGAGAGCUGAAGAUGCUGGCCAGGGAGUUCAGCCUUGCAGUGGUGGUGACUAACCAGGUGACAAGGGACAGCGGCGCUGGCCCCUUGAAGCCAGCCCUCGGUCGCUCCUGGAGCUUCGUGCCCAGCACCCGGCUGCUGCUGGAGAGCAAAGAGGUGGCCUGGGAGAAGGGUGGCACGCAGCGCGUUGCCUCCCUUGCAAAAUCGCCCCGGCAGCCAACAGGGAUCCAGGUGGAGCUGGAUAUUGGGAAUGGUGAUGUGCAAGACAGGAGCCCAGCAACAACUACAUAGGGGCUCUGAUGCAGGUGGAAGAGCAAAUAU